GAAAGGGCAGCUGGUUCCUUUAUGGAUUAGGUCCUGCGAGGCGGUCUCAGAAGUGAGGCCGUGCCUCUCCAUCUUCGCUGAAUCUUUCAGGUCCACGGACUGAGGAAACGUCUCCACCGUCAUGGGAGGCGGAGACCUGAACCUGAAGAAGAGCUGGCACCCACAGACCCUUCGAAAUGUGGAGAAAGUGUGGAAGGCAGAGCAAAAACAUGAGGCCGAGCGGAAGAAGAUUGAGGAGCUGCAGCGGGAGCUCAGGGAGGAGAGAGCUCGGGAAGAGAUGCAGCGCUACGCUGAGGAUGUUGGGGCUGUCAAGAAGAAAGAAGAAAAGUUGGAUUGGAUGUACCAGGGUCCUGGUGGGAUGGUGAACCGUGAUGAGUACCUGCUGGGUCGCCCCAUUGACAAGUACGUUUUUGAGAAGAUGGAGGAGAAGGAAGCAGGCUGUUCUUCUGAGACAGGACUCCUCCCAGGCUCUAUCUUUGCCCCUUCGGGUGCCAAUUCCCUUCUUGACAUGGCCAGCAAAAUCCGGGAAGAUCCUCUCUUCAUCAUCAGGAAGAAAGAGGAGGAGAAAAAAAGAGAGGUACUGAACAAUCCUGUGAAAAUGAAGAAAAUCAAAGAGUUGUUGCAAAUGAGUCUGGAAAAAAAGGAGAAGAAGAAAAAGAAGGAGAAGAAAAAGAAGCACAAGAAACACAAACACAGAAGCUCCAGUAGUGAUCGCUCCAGCAGCGAGGAUGAGCACAGCCAGGGCAGAUUGCAAAAGAAGAUGGCAAAUUCCUUUCCUGUUUUGUCCAAAGUCCCCGGAUAUGGCUUACAGGUGAGGGACUCUGACCGUGACCAGGGGCUGCAGGGCUCUGUGAUGGCCGAGCAAAGGGGGAUGAAGAACCAUUCCCGCUCAAGAAGCUCCUCCCACUCCCCCCCCAGACAUGUCAGCAGGAAGAGCUCCAAGGAAGAGAGAUCCCGGGACAGGAGGUCUCGAUCCCUGGGCAGAAGGUCACGGUCCCCAAGGCCCAGCAAACCACAUACCUCUAAGGUAAACAGGAAAGAGAGAGAUAGCCCAUCACCUAAAAAGGAGGUCUACCAGAGGCGGCAUGCUUCCGGAUACACCAGAAAACUCUCAGCAGAGGAACUAGAGCGGAAACGGCAGGAGAUGAUGGAAAAUGCAAAGUGGAGGGAGGAGGAGAGGCUCAACACCCUCAAGAAACACGCCAAGGAAGAUGAGCGGGAACGCAGACUGGAGAAGCUGGACUCUCGCUCUGGCAAGUUCAUCCAGCGCAUGAAGCUGGAAAGUGCAUCUACUUCCUCCCUGGAGGACCGGGUGAAGCGCAACAUCCAUUCUCUGCAGCGAACGUCAAUAGCUCUGGAGAAGAACUUCAUGAGGAGAUGAAAACUAGUUUCUCUCACUGGUUUUCCUGAGUUCUCCAGGGAGGCUGCUGACUCCUAAAAUUCUCUUUAUAAGAGUUCAAAUAGCUUCUUCUACAGAUGAAAACCACCACUGUUCAAAGUGUCCCUUGUCCAUUGACUCCUGAAAUAUGGUACAUUCUUUAAAAACCAAUGUGACUUGAUUUGGGGACCCUCGGGAACAUUGGCUGGCUGCACUGUGGGUUUUGACUGUGUUUUAAUGGAUGGGCACUGGGCUGCUCUGGAAAGCUUGGCUGCUUGUCACACCUCUUCCCUCCCACCUGAACCAAUGGAUCAGACCUUCCAGAGACCUCUCUCCACAGCCACCCAAGUGGAUAGACUCUGUGUACUGGGAUAAAUGAGCAUUGACCUUAGUUAGUAGAUUUUAUGACAGAAUAGCCAAGUGUCAGGGAGAGCCAAGAGAGUGUCAAACUGGAAGAUAAAACAGUACCCCAAAAAGUCCUAUAUUUGCUCUUUGAGAUGUAAUACUAUAAUGUGUAUAUGUACAAAUGUAUAAUUUUAUACAUGCUUUUUAAAAAGGUAGCUUUGUGAGAACGUUUUGUUUGAUGAUUUUACUAUAUGGAAGCCACCUUGAACCCUGUUAGGAAGUAACAUGGUAAGGUGCGUGGUUUGCUUUUCUCUCUGCUUCUGGUUUGGGAGGAGCUUUGGGGUUAGUGUCAGAAUCUAGCUGGGGUAGCUAAUCUUUGACAUUUGGACGUAACUUUGUCCUCUACAAAUGUGUUAGGUUGCAUUCAUAGCUAGAUGCUGGCUUCGGGAAGGACGCACCUGCCAAGUGUGUGUUCCCUUUUGUUCCUUAGGGUUUUAUAUUGGGCAGCCCAGUGGUGCAGGGAACAGGACCAUAUUGCCAGUGUGCUUGGGCCUAAAAGUAACUGGGAAGCUAUCUAUUUACUUACUUGUUGUUGUUGUUGUUGUUGUUGUUGGUUUUGUUUGUUUUGGGGCAGGGUCUCUUGCUCUGGCUAGCUUUGAACCUCCCACAUAGCUGAGGAUGACCUUGAACUUGAGACCCUCCUGCCCUCACCUCCUAAGUGCUGGUGAUUACAGCACCACACACUGCUGGUGGCGGUUGCUUCAGUGUCUGUCUUUUGAGAUGGGGCCCUUCAGGCUGAAGUGGACUGGUGGUGACUGUCCUGCUUUUGCCUGCUGAGUGCUGGGCUUCCGGGCAUGAACCACAUGCCCACCUUCCUAGCUCCUCUUUUAUCCUGUAAUAAUCUAACUAAAAAUCUAAGACAAGACUCAAGGGGCCACUCCUGGUGUUUUUACUGCCAUUCCUUUUUCUAUUAUUUCACCAGAAGCUCUCCUUUGGCCAGGAAACUUCUAGGUUCCCUCAUUUUAAAAAAUAAACAAAUCAAAACCAGAUUUAUCCUAGUCCAGGCUGACCUUGAACUAUAGACCCUCCUGUGUUCGCCUCUGGAGCUGCGAUUACAGACCUUGAGGCCCUCUUAGCCCACACAUUGUUCAAGCCACUUCUUUCUUCUACCAAUUCGUAGUUCAGCCUAAAACGUAUUUGGAUUUUUAUUUUCAAGCACUAAAAUGCCAGGCACUGUAAUUCUUAAAACCGUUUCCCUCCCAGAGAAUGUAACACUGUUCAUUUAAUCACUUCAUCCUGCUGCCCUGUGCUAUGGGUAAUUAUGGCUUUUAUUUUAUUACUUGGUAAUAAAGGCUACAUUUAUUUUUGUAACUCUGUAAAGAGCGAA